AUGAAUUCUUCACCAUACCGUUCGUUUGCCGCUCGGCCAUUGUUGCUGAGUCUGGCCAAGCUUUUCUUCGUCGCCGUCUCACAAAUUCCUUUCGCCACUGCUGCGCCUACGUUCUCACCUCUCUUUCUCUCAUCCCGCGACACAGAACCACCAAAGGAACCGAGCGAUCCGAGUUUAUGGCUUUACUUGGGAUUUUCAGCUGCUCUUGUAUUGAGCGGUGGAGCAUUUGCCGGUCUUACGAUUGCCUUGAUGGGACAGGAUGAAGUUUAUCUCCAAGUCAUCAAGACCUCCGGCGAAGGGCAUGAAAGGAAAAAUGCUACUAGCGUUCUCAAACUCUUGAACCACGGAAAGCAUUGGGUUCUUGUCACCCUCCUCCUCAGCAAUGUGAUCACAAAUGAAACUUUACCCAUCGUCCUUGACCGAACACUUGGCGGUGGUUGGCCGGCGGUGCUAGGAAGCACUGCUUUGAUUGUCAUUUUCGGCGAGAUUGUUCCACAGUCUAUUUGCGUUCGUUAUGGUCUUCCCAUCGGUGCCUGGAUGGCACCUUGUGUUUUGGUCUUGAUGUACAUCAUGUCUCCAGUCGCAUGGCCUAUCGCAAAGUUGCUAGAUAGGCUCCUUGGAGAGGAUCAUGGUACUAUCUACAAAAAGGCCGGAUUGAAAACACUCGUCACCCUCCACAAAACCUUGGGCGAAGCCGGAGAGCAACUCAACUCCGAUGAAGUGACUAUUAUUAGUGCAGUUCUCGACCUCAAAGAAAAGUCAGUAGGCAGCAUCAUGACACCAAUGGACGAUGUCUUCACUAUGUCUGCCGACACUGUCUUGGAUGAGCGCACGAUGGACCACAUUCUUUCCCAAGGAUAUUCCCGCAUUCCCAUCCAUGCACCCGACAAUCCGAUGAAUUUUGUUGGUAUGCUCCUUGUCAAGAUGCUCAUUACAUACGACCCGGAAGAUUGCAAACAUGUCCGCGAUUUUGCUUUGGCUACACUUCCUGAAACACGCCCUGAAACCAGCUGUCUGGACAUUGUGAAUUUCUUCCAAGAGGGCAAGUCCCAUAUGGUCCUUGUCUCUGAAUAUCCUAGUGAGGAUCGUGGCGCUCUUGGAGUCGUCACUCUGGAAGAUGUUAUCGAAGAAUUAAUCGGCGAAGAAAUCAUUGACGAAUCCGAUGUCUUUAUUGAUGUCCACAAAGCCAUCCGACGAAUGACACCUGCACCCAAGUCUCGUGUCGCCAAAGGCAAAAUCGUCGAGGAGCCUCCUUUAAACGCCUCUGUUAUCACCGAUGGCGACUUGAUCGACGUGGAUUCCACACAACCCUCAUCUCUCCCCAAGCCUUCCGACUUGAUACGACGCCGCAGUUCCGCGGAACCACCUCUUCCCCGCUUUCAACUUCGCAAAACCAAUACCGACAUCAACCCCGACUCGGCAAAUGAAUGGGUCACACAAGUCGGCACCACAGAUGAGAUUCGAGAGCACCUCAAGCAUCUUGGUCCCUCCAACCUGGCCAGUAAGCCACGCCAAACCCGUUACCACGCUGUCAAGAUCAAGCGCAAUAGCGCCUCUCCGUCCCGUUCCGCACAAACCGACUUUGAGUCCGGACAAAGCACCUCCGACUCCCAAAAGCUUAUCCCUUCUUCUACUGGAUACCAAGGUGGCAUAGGCGCGGGCUUGCUCAACUCCGCUGGACCAGAUGCCAAAGAUGGUGCGCAUGCUCUCAAACUUGGCUACGGCACCAUGGCUUCGAAUGACAAUGUGACCAAAGGCACCGGUGCUCAGCAAUACAAAGACCUUCCCCACGUCUCCAUUCCCGAGGCUGUCCAUGAGGAGCACGAAGACCAACCGCGUUCUGGGUCGACGCGGGAGGCCAGCAGUGUUGCUUUACGCGACGAUUCCGAAAACCAACCGCAUUCUGGGUCGACGCGGAAUGCUAGUAGUGACGAAGGCAGCAUUCAAUCGUCUGAUACACCAGGAUUAAUUUACCACCACCGAGGACCGGCGCGCAGUGGAAGCAUCACAGAACAGAUUGUGGAUGUCAAUGGUAUUCGCAAAGUUGUCCUUCACGCAAAUUGCUCGAGUUCUUCAGAAGGUGAAUCCCAUUCAUCGGGCCAUCGUCGCGACCACCGCCAUGCCGAGGGUACGGUCGUUGACACCGAUGACGCAAAAUCAGAAAAUGCUGAUGGUGCCCACGCAAAGUCCAAGAAGAAGCGCCGCCGAAAGAAGCACGGCAAAGCUUCAAAAUCUGAUGGCGGUCCCUCGGAGGACCAGCCGUUACUUCAAUAA